GCCGGGCAUGCCGCCGGCGGCAGCAGCGGCGGCGGCGACGACGGCGGCGGCCGGCCCGGCGCCCACGGCCACCGAGAUCAGCCGCAAGCCGGCGCUGGUGCAGCAGACCGGCGGCGCCACCAGCAAGAUCAUCCACCCCGAACAGGACAUCUCACUGGAGGAGCGCCGCUCCCAGCUGCCCCGCUACCGCCAGCCCCAGGCUCGCCCGCCGGCGGCGCCCCACCCGGCCAUGAUGGCCGCCCAAGGACCGCCGAUGCAGAUGGGGAUGAUGCGUCCGGGCGGGCUGCAGCAGCCGCUCAUGAUGGGCCGGCCACCGAUGGCCACAGGUGAGCAGCCCCCACCCGGACCCUGACCCUGACCCUGACCCUGACCCUGAUCCUAACCCUGACCCUGAUCCAUGACCCUGACCCUGAUCCCUGACAAUACCCCCUUCUCCAAGCCCAGACCGCAGCGCAAGGCUCGGCACCAUGUGUCAGUCCUCCCGCCGACCUCGCUCUGACCCCGUCCCGGCGUCGGCUGGGCGACCCCGUGCCGGAGCGGCGUCUGCCGGCGCGGUCAGCGCCUCCGCGCGUCCGCCGCGGGGGAUCUGCUGCGUGGGACGGGCGUCGCCCGGCGCGUCCUGAGGUCAGCUGUCAGUCAGCCGUUAAGGAACGGGGGACAUGACGGGCGUGUUUAUGGGGUCAGUGGGUGCAGCGUAGGUCAGACGGUCACCCGGGUGUAUAGCUACUAGGCGCAUUCAACAGCUUUCAAAGCCAGUGCGUGAGCAGGGCUUGUAAUUCAGCCAGAUGAAUCCAGGUGCUGCCACUCUGUGUUUUGUUGCCGUUUUGCAGGAUAAAUUCUGCAUAAACGGACAGAAACUGAAGGCCAUAAGGUACCCCUUUUAGUGCGUUAAAUUAUCGUAUUAUAGUUGCAGCGUAUGCUUUUAACUGUUAAAGACUGGUGAUCAUGGCCUGUCACGUGUGACUGCGUUAGAGUGCGUUAUAAUUGAGAUGUAUGAAUGUAUUAUCCGGCAGUUAAUACAGAUAUAUAACACCAUGGAAAUAAACUCAAAUGAGGAGCACAAUCAAAUCUGCUUCAAGAAAGUGAGCACUAACCGAUGCUUCAAAUAAUAAAAAUGCAAUAAAAAGUCAUAACCUAAAAUGAUACUGCAUCCUUUGCAUCCAUCUGCAUCCUUCGUGACAUGCGUAUCUAGUUAAACAAAAAAUUCCAGGGCCACGAGGCACACAGUGGCACGAGGGAUACACGGUAUAUGCUGCUCCAAUGCUUCCAGUGCUGGAUCCAAGUGAAGACAACGGGACCGCGGGCCCCUAGAGCGCGAACAUAACCCUCGUCAGCUCUCCACGGCGGUUUCUCUCAUCCGGUUGUAACCGAUAAAAUCCCGCUGGCAGGCCUGUCUCGGUCGGCUGCUGCCGCCUCUGUGCACCCGCCCUCCGCGCGGAGGCCCGCAGGUCUGUCUCGGCGGGCUUCUGUCGCCCCCGCGCACCCGCCUCCCGCUCGGGGGCGCUGGCAGGCCGUGCUUACGCGGCGGGAGCUCCGAGAGUGGCGGUCGCUGCUGACCGCUGCUCUCUGGGGAAUGUGUCGGGUCGCCAGGCUCAGCGUCGCGUCGUAGUCCUCAACGCCACACGCUCGUUCCCGUCGGCUUGUCGGCCCACGUCGGCAGACGCGGCCCUCGAUCCGUGCGAGAGCACCGGGGACCAGUCCGUGCGGGCAAGUCCGGCCCCCGGGUCAGGUCGGCGGG